AUGAACGCUCCUGCUGCAGCAGCAGGCUGUGUAGCAGCAACUGGAGCAGCAGCUGGGUCGGCUGUUAGAAAGCAAAUGGCAGCAGCAGCAGCGGCAGCAGCAUAUAGGCAGCGCGCAGCAGCCACAGCAGCUGCUGCAGCAGAGACAGCAAUUCGAAGCAAUACCUGCAGCAGCAGCAGCAGCAGCAGCAGCAGCAGACCUUCUUUUGGGCGUGCCUUCCUGACUUGCUGCCACCACCAGCUGCUGGUACACCGCAGUGUCAGCCUCAGCAGCAGCAGCAGCUGCUGCAGCAACAAGUAUUCCCGCUGUCUCCUCAGCACUGCAGCGGCAAACGAACCGCAGCAGCAGCAGCAGCAGCAGGGAGCAGCGGAAGCAGCAGCAGCUGCUGCUAGCAGCCUGACGAAUGAUUCCACGCGUCCUUCGGCGUCGCUGCCCCAGCAGCCGCAGCAGCAACCGCAGCAGCAACCGCAGCAGCAGCAGCAGCAGCAGCAGCAGCAGCAGCAGCAGCAGCAGCAGCAGUAUUUGUGUGACGCUGAAGAGGAGGUACUAACUGAAGAGCAGAGACAAGAAAAAGAAAAUUUAAUUAAAAUUUUAGCAAAGAAAUUAGCGGGCCCCUUAGCAGAUGAAAACGGAAACGUUCCGACAGGGUCUGCACGUCCGGUGGCCAUAGAAGUGGAUGGGCCUUCGCACUUUUACAGCGGCACUGAGAUAUACACCGCAUAUACAAAAUUAAAACACCGAUUAUUAACUCGAAUGGGGUUUAAAGUGCUUCAUGUGCCUUACUUUGAAUGGAGGAGACUCAGAGGACAGAAAGAGAGAGAAGAGUACAUGAGGAAAAAACUUCAAGAGGAGCCAACGGAGUGGUUAGACCCUCAAGAUGAAGCCUUCUACAACCAAAGAAUGGGACUGCUGCAGCAGCAAUACCAGCAAGAAGUAGAGCGGCAGAAUGCACAGCAGCAGCAGCAGCAGCAGCAGCAGCAGCAUGAUGGUAUGCAGCCUCUGCAUAUGCAGCAGCAUCCUUCAUCCGCAAGCUCAACACAGCAGCAGCAGCAGCAGCAGUGGAAGCAAAACCAGCAGCAGCCACCGCACUGGCAGCAGCAGCAGCCGCAGCAGUGGCAGCAGCAGCAGCAGCAGCAGUGGCAGCAACAGCCGCAACAGCAGACCCCGUGGCAGCAGCAACAGCCUCAUUGGCAGCAGCAGCAGCCUCAUUGGCAGCAACAGCAGCAGCAGCCGCAGUGGCAGCAGCAGCA